AUGGCUCAAGAAGCGGAUUUAGAUUUGAGUUUAUCUCAAUAUGAUCCAUGGGUUAUAAAAAAGAAGUUAACCGCUUCUGAUACUUCGAUGAAUGGUAAACUUCUCCUACCGCGAAAAGAAUUAUUAGAUUCUAUAAUUCCGCUGAUGAGACAGGCUAUGGCCCAGCAGAUAGGAACAGAAAACGGUGUUGAAGUGAAGGUCCAUGUUAUAGAGGAAGGUAAUGAAGCUGAUGACUACACAUGGAUCUUAGUUAAAGACAUUGACAACACCUAUUUUUUGAAGAGAGGAUGGGGCCCUUUUGCUAGAGCCAACAACUACCAAGAAGGCGAUGUAAUUGGACUUAUGUGGGAUCAAAGCUAUGAACGAUUUUUGCUUCACAAGAUAGUUCAAUAUUAG